AUGAAACUAAUCGAAAUAGUUGUAUAGUUUGAAUAAUCUUAAUAGGAAGAAAUCAAUUAAAAUAUUGUACACCUCAUAUCUUAAAGGUACUCUCUAAUGUAUUUGAUUCAAUAGUUGGAUGAAAAAAUUUAGAGAAUCUGUCAAAUUGGAUGGCAAAGAAAAUCUCCCCAUGAAACCAAUAAAUCAUGAUAUUGUUGAUGAAACAAAAGCUAACAUACUUUAGUAUUGCUCAUAAAAUUAACUAGAUAUUAAAAUGAAGUAUACAACUCCUUUUUAAAAGAUAAUCUAAGAUAUAAUGUCGAUUACAUUUACGUAAACGAAUAAAUAUGGUCAUAAUUGAAUGUAAUCUUGUUAUUAUAAUAUAAGACACUUUAUGGAGGUUACUGCAUCAAAAGAUAAAUUAUAAAUUAAAAUUAAAUUAACGAAAUGAUACAUUUUCACCUUAUUCCAGUUCAUCAAUCCCAAAAUUACUACAUAGAAGGAAUUUAAUAAUUUGAUUACUCUUGGAAUCUUUAAUAGGUAAUAUAGCAUCUAGAAACUGCAUUAUAAAAUUAAUUAUCAUUCUAAAUCCCAAAAAGAAAUUUCAUAAAAUUGUACACUCUCAAGAAUAAGAAAUAAGUUAGUUUUGUUUAAAUUGUUUAAGAACUCAAAGCGAAAACACUUGAAGUGGAAAAAAUAGAAGACAUAAUUUAAAUGCGUGAUCAAAAAUAUAUCAUCAUGGAUAUUAAAUUGUUUAAUAAGGAAUUCUUCUUCUAGUCCGAUUAAUAAAUGAAUGAUGCUAAAAGUGAAGAAUUUAUAAAUUAAGAAUAUAUUGAAAGUUGCAGAAAAGGAUUGUCUGUAUUCGAGGAUCAAUAAACAUUAUUAAGUUGCAUGCUUAAAUGUUAUGAAAACAUCGAUGUUAUCAGAAAUGAAAUUCUAUACAAUUAGAACUAGAAAUAUAAGAAUUUAAAAGAAAUACUAACAGAAUCAUAUUAUGGAUUCACUGAAUAUGUAUAUUAUUAAUUACUGGAUUAUGAGUUCUUUUAAGAGAAAUAAGUUAUGAUCACAAAAUCUAGAUAUGAUGCAGUGUACAUUUACAAUAAUGAAAACAGAAUCAUCGUAAAUAACCAGAAGAAUAUAAGAUAAUUGGUUGAAUCUCUAUUGGGCCAUCCUUAAUUGCAAUGUGACUUUAAUUCAGUUUUGUUUGAGAGCAGCAAUGAAUAUUAUACUGAAGAUAUAGACUUUACAAAGCCCGCAUAUGGUUUAAAGGAGGGUUAUAAGUAUUAAUUGAGAAAGUUGAUGUGGCAAGAGCAUAAUAUUAACAAUGAAGAUAGAAUAGAAAUCAGAGUUCAUCAAUGCACAUAUGAAAACAUUGGCUAUCAACAAUAUAAACCGUUUGCCCCCAUAUUAAAAUGUUAUAUAAGUUAAUGGCAUAAGUUCUAAGAUUUGCAUCUACUAAUAGCUAACUUAUUCGAAGAAAUAAAUUAUGAGAAUUACAAAGAAUCUAGAUUGAAUAAGAAAUAUAAACUAUAUUUCUAAACAGACUAAUAGGGUCAAAAGAAAUGUACUUAUUGUUAGCAAAAGCUAUGUAAUAAUUGUUAAGUUCCAUUUAAUGAGAAAGCUUUGAAUUUGGGUAGAAGAGUGAUUAACAUCUAUGUAAUAUAUGAAGAAAUACAACCUAUCAUUCCGCGUUAUUAACCAUAAAUAUUUGAUAAUUAUUUUCUUAGAGACUAUUUUGAAGUGGAUUGGGCUCAAGAUAAGAUCAUAAUUUUGAACAUCAAUUAAGAUCAAAUAAAACCAUAUAAUCUGAAAUAUUAUUUUGAUUCACGUAUGCACUAAUUAAAUAUUUCAGAUCUUUAUUAGUUAAAAGGGAUCAUAGAGAAAGUAACAUAAAAUGAAUAUUAAUGUUAUUGUCAGAAACAGUAGCAAUGGUAUCAAUUCACACAGAAUAAGUUCUAGAUAGUCGAUCAUCUGAAUGAUGAUUUGAAUGUAGUUAAAUUGUUUUAUAUAAGAAAAUGAUAUGAUUAAUUUUAUAAUAUUUAUUUAGAAAUAAUGUAAACAACAAUUAGAAAUAGAUAGCAAUUUGGACAAUCAUUCAAAAUGAACGCCUAGAUCCCAAAAAUAGAUAAGACUCCAGUCAAAAGAAGGAGUUGUGAAUGUUAAGAAUGUGGUUUAGUGAACAAAAAAAUGAAAUAUAUUGGAUAUAUUAUCUAAUAGUUUUAACCCUAUUUCAACGUCGCUCAUAAAUUGUUUGAAAAUGAAAGGAAGAAUGAUGAAAAGUAAACUAAAAUCCAACAACAGAAAUAGUUGAGAUUGAGAAAUAAAAGACAUAAUCAUAAUAAAGAUAUGCUCAAAAGAGCAGUCAAUGUUAUUACAUUUUAAGAGUCUUUUGCAAAUAAUAGAAAAAAAAAUGUAGAACUACCUCCUAUCAAUAUGUGUUCUUUAAAAGAAAUUAAAAAUAAUUAAUCCAGUAAUUUGCUAUAAAUUGUACCUCAAAGAAAAAUGUGGGAUAAACGAUAAACAACAAUAAAGUUUCAAUACUAAUCAAACACUACUCACAAUCAGAAAUGCUAAUUGCCUGCUACUCCAUUAGAUUCUCAUCUCGUUUGUAAAAUUAACAAAGUCAUCUACUAAUCAUUUAAUUUAAGACAUCAGUAAGGAACUCUUGAUGAUUUUCAGUUUAAACUAAGAAUCAAUAUAUUUGAUGAAAAGACAGAUCCUUAGCCAAUUAAGCAUCAAAUCCUUAUUCCACCUAUUAGACAAGAAGAAGACUACGAUGAAGAAGAGUCUAUGAUAGAAUCUGUUCAAUAGAUGCCUAUAAAACAAAAGCCUAAUAGAGAAGAAUAAUAUAAGCAAAUCUUGAAAUAUAAUAAAAGAAGUUUUGCUAAUUUAGUUGAAUAGGCCUAACUUACUGAAAGGAAAGCUAUUCAAAAUUUAAUUAAAACUAGUAUAGAUAUACAUUUUAAAUAGAUAAUAGUCAUAAAAUAUUACCAUUAAUGCUUGAUUAAUAACCUUUACCCAUCUAUAUGAUCCAUAGUAACUAUUUGGAUGCUCAAAAGACAUUCAGGAGUAUUAGACAUAUUAAACUAGAUAAAUUAUAGCCACCAACUGUAAAGUAAUAAAAUUGCUAAAUUUUAGAUCAUAAAGUCAGCAUGUUCAGAUAAUAAAUAAACACAAAAAGAACCUAACAGCUGGGUCUGUAUUGUUAAGAUUAUGA